AUGGCCUCUGGGAGGAAGGGAACUGAGAGGCGGCAUAACCCAGUGGAAAGCAUCUGUAGGAAAAUCAGAGCCAUCCAAAAGAGGGAAGAGCUUUCCAAUCAGAGUCAACAGAUUAUCAAGUACCAAUCCAGCAGUUUUGAUAGUCCACAGGCUAACACCAGGAAAGAUUUUGAAGGGAUACUGAAGAAAAUGGCUGCUGCUCACAUUCCUACACCCAACACUCACUUCUCAGCUCCUGAAAAAGAUGAUGCACUCAUCUCAUCUCCCCAAACAGGGUCUCCGAGAACCCCAUCUGUCUCUCAGCUCAGCUCCCCUGAGAAUGCAACCUACUCCAUCCUCAAAAGUUCUGAAAACAUCUCAAGGCUGAGAUCACAGAGCUCCCAGAAUUACGGAUCGUUGGUAUCACAGACCAGAAAGCGGGAGUCCUUCUCUAACAAGGAUUUGAAUAACUAUGGGAAUGAAAAUCAUUUUAGUAUCUUAAGACUUGACUUUGAUUCCACCUCUGAUCAAAGCUCUGAAAUUUUUACUCCUCAGGAUUCAGUGGGGAAAAAUUGGUCUCUGAAUGAAGAUGGAUGGAAACUAGACACGGGUGAUGGCAUCAACAGGACCUGUGAAGAGUUCUUCACAAGCGUUUUUCAUGCAUGUGACACAAACUGCAGAGGCUCAGUAAGAAUUGUCAAAAUAAUAGAUUACCUCAGACAAAUAACUAGUCAAGAUUCUAAAGACGGUGGCUUUGAGGAGCUAUGGAACAUGCUUGAUCCUGACAGGAGAGACCUGCAUGUGGAUCUGGAAACUUUCCACGCCAUCAUGAAAGGAUGGAUGGCUUGCUGUAGAAUCAAAUGUGAAGGAGUGAAUAGUGGACCAGGCAGCAGCAUGGAUGAUUCUGCCCUUGACCAGGACAGCAUAAAAUCAGGGAGAGCAAUUAAGAUGAUCACAAAUAUAACAGAGUCUGCAUCAGGGAACUUCAAGGCUUUGGGCGGAGACGUGUCUAGAGGAAUCUUAGAGGUGUCUGACUUGAUUACCUAUGUAGAAGAGCUGCAUUUCAACAAGCAGAAACUGGAAGAGGAAAAUAAUCAGCUCAAGCUGGCAUUGGAAACCUUGGAAGAAGCUAACAGCCGGUUAUCGGAGGACUGUACUGAACUGCGCCUGCAGAUAAAAAGUGCCCACCAGGCUAUGAUGAGAACAAAUCUGUUACAAGAAGAACUAGAGGAACUGAAAACUAGUAUGAGUGCUGCAGAAGAGCAGAAGACCACAAUUGUAGCCCAGAACAAACAAUUAGAGGCAGAAAACCGGGCUCUGAUUCUUAAGGUUCGGAUUCUCCAAGAGGAGAAUACCAAGAAUGUUAUGGAUAUAUAUGCAUUGGAAAAGAAUAUUGAGGAAUUGUCUAAAACUGAGACAGAGCACCAAAUGGAGUUACACGUGUAUGAGAACACUUUGCUUAGUAAAGAUGCAAGUUUGCAGAAGAAAGAUUUAAGUAUAGAAGAACUUAAGUCAACCAUCAUAGAAUAUGGAAGCAUUAUAGAGAAUUUACGAGGGGAAAAAACCAAACUGGCUCAUGAGUUACAGCACUUGCAACAGGAACUCAUCAUGAAUGGGAUCCAGUUGAAUGUUAGUGAAGAACAUAAGAGGAUCAUCUCCGAAGGAGAAAAAUCUUUACGUUGUGAACUCAUUCUUGCUCAGGCUGCAGAGAACACUGAAAUUGAGCAGCAGUGCAGUUUAAUCAGCUUGUCAUCUCUGGACACAAUGAUGGACCAAGAAAUGCUGCUGUCACUGAGAGAACUCGAGCAGAAGGGAGUGGGAUCCACAGCUACUCUCCAGAAGCUGCAUGAAGAUGUUUCUGAAGUGGAAGCCCUCAUUGACAGUCCUCUCCAGUGGGUAACUAGUCCAGAAAUAACUGUGAAGGAAAAGUGGGAGAACAUGCUUACUGAAUUCAAAUAUACCAUGGAAGAGAAACUAAAUUUUUGCGUAUUAAUGCUAAAGAACUUGGGAAACCACAAAGAAUCUCUUGAUAAAGAAUUUGUCAAGUUGAUAGAGAUUUUGAAGAGAUUCGGGCUGGAAUAUUUUUAUUUCGGAAAAGAAUAUCUUUCCAGGCAGAAACAACUAGAAGCCAUUAAACAACUGCAAGAAGAUGCUGUCAACCAGGAAGCCAUCCUCAGGAAGAAGGUCCAAGAAGCCAGUCAACGGCUAGAGGAUGCAGAGGAGCAGGUAGGGCGGCCUUUGACUAUAUUAUAUUUAGGGGAAGGCUCCUCCGAUGUCCUUAAAACCAUGAGAUAAAAAUGGAGAAGGAACAACAACAGAAAGAAAGAAAGAAAAAAAACCCAAAGAGGAACUGUGAAGUUCAGUCCCUGGAGACUAGCAGUUUGCGGAGGAAGUAAAGGGGGCGUUGUAAAAGAGGCGGUGUCAACAGUCUGCUGCGAAAGGAGGCAGCUCUGCAGAAAGAGGCAACUUGACAUAUCAGGGCUGUUAGGGCUGGGGAUAGAGCUGGGGCGCACGAAGCCCAUGCAAACACAGAAUAGCAGAAGUUCAGUGGAGGCUUAUCACUUCCCUGAGAACAAAAGCACAUUUGCAGUUUCCUGUGCAUAAGA